AUGCCCAACAAAACCAACACUGUCUCUCCUUAUCAAGAGCCUGGUGCUCCACCUCCCUUCCCUCCUAUGCUCACGGACCAGCUUGAACUAUUCGACAGUGCUCACCGCUCAACUAUGCUCGUUUCCGAUGAUAUUCUUCCUUCCAAAAUCAGUACUGUCGAUCCUCCUCAGCAUACUAAGCACCUGCAACUCGAGCACAUGCUGGCGCCUGAGCUCAAACUUGCAGCACGGUUAUUAAAGAAUGACUCCUCGCCAUACUCAAAGAGAGUUUCAUUUGAGCAUUCACGCUCCAGUUCUCGGACGCCCAUGCCCUCAGAUUAUUUGAGUUCAUUAGAUCCAAUGUCGGAAAGUGACUCCUCCUCAACUUCGCAUGAGAGUCUCUUGGAAGAUUUGAAGAUACCAAAGCCCCCUGGUGAACCUGGUCAUCCAGGGCAUGGAGGAUACACGCUUAACGAGGCUUUAGACUGGAACCCAAAGGCAUAUGCUAAAUUCAAGAAAUCUAUACACCACCUCAUCAGAGAACAUCUCGAUACGACCAAGUGUGCUUCUUCCCAAAACCAUGUGCUCCUGAAAGUUGUGCGCGACAAAGCUGUCGAUGCUUUCCCGGACUUAGAAAACUACAGGGACUUUUGGCUGCUGAAUGAUAUGAUCAUGAUGUGUUUGAAAUAUACAUCAGGUCGUGCUAGGCAGACACAGGCAAAGAUGGCUGCGGGCAAGUCCAAGAGCAAAAGCAAGAAAGAUUCAUCAAAAUUGAAUUACUAG